AUGGAAAACUGGGACCCUUCCCCUCGGGCGUCCAAACGAAGGAGGACAGGAACAUAUGCCACUAGGCGCACGACGCUCAGCACCAUCUCUUCACAGCCAGCAAAGAAGUCCAAGAAGGCAUCCGAGAAUUCUGAUGGUGAUCAGCAACCGGACCGGGAUGUUGGGGAUCCUGCAGACGGAGAGGCGGAACGCGGUAGGAGCAAGGAUGUCAUCGUUGCUGGGAACCCCAAACUACCUGAGGACACACCACGAAGAAGCACCGGCGGAAGAAAGAAGGCAGAAGCGGAGGCAGCCGAGACGAUGACGGAUCCCACACUCACAGACAACGAGAACAAGGCUCGAAUUGGUCAAAAUAAGAGAAAAUUGACGGCUGAACACACUCCAGAAGAGGUACAAGAGCAGGACGUGGCCGAAGAGCACGAAAACCAAGAGACAAAUGUGAGCCUGCCACGCUCUAGCGGACGUGCACGACGACCGACUCGGCGCCACCUCAACGGUACGGAAACACCUUCACGGCAGAAGUCGACGCGAAAGGCCCAAUCCAAAUCCCAUCCCGACGAAGACCAGGGGAACGGUAAUAUUGAUAGCAUACAAUUGCCCCAGCCAAAAGGUAUCCUGACACCCUCUCGGCAAGGGCUGGAGAAGAGAACUGGUCCCGGAAAAGCAGUGGUGUUUGAAGGAGAUGAGAGACGGAUCCAGGAACAGCUUGGGUUCAAAGACAUUAACAGCUCGAGUAAGAAGGAGAAGGACAAAGCCAAGCGAUUCUCACCGGGCUCUAUGGUUCGACAAGCUGAACAAUUACAUGCUAGAGACGAGUCAGAGAAUGCCACGGCCCAUGAAAAGACGCUCAUUGAAGACGAGGACGAAAACGAGGACGAAGAAUCUUUUCUAGCCCCGGUUCCGGAUGUAGACGAGAUCCUCUCUCUUUCCAGGCGGUCGAAGACUCCCGUGAACAAGCAAGCCCAACUGUCUACCCCCGAAAGCGAUGUUGAGAACGAGCAUCUCAUAAACAUCAAAAGCCAGAUUCUCAGUCGCAUAACCAGCCAUGGCCCAUCACCUAUCUCACACCUCCAGAGCCAGUACACCACGCUCCGGUCUUUGCUCACGGCAACAAUCGCGGCCGGCGAAUCCAACUCCUUGUUACUUCUAGGUUCACGAGGCAGCGGCAAAUCGGCUCUAAUCUCCCACGCAUUGGCCGACUUGGCCAAAUCCCAUGCCGACGACUUUCAUGUCGUGCGGUUGAAUGGUUUCUUCCAGACGGACGACAAGUUGGCAUUGCGUGAGAUCUGGCGGCAGCUCGGUCGCGAGAUGGCCAUACCAGAAGACGAGACUGGGGAGGUCUCCAGCUACGCCGAUACCAUGGCCAGUCUGCUCAGUCUGCUUUCGCAUCCGGAGGAACUCGCAGACCCAGACAGCAUGGUGCUUGAUCAUGACAACGACGUCCUCGACCGACAACAGCGAGAGACCAAGACGUCUAAAAGCGUCAUCUUCAUCCUUGACGAGUUUGACUUGUUCACCACCCACCCACGGCAGACUCUGCUGUACAAUCUCUUCGACAUCGCGCAGGCCAAAAAGGCCCCCAUCGCCGUCCUCGGCUGCUCCACCCGCAUGGACGUCGUUGAGUGCCUGGAGAAACGAGUCAAGAGCCGCUUCAGCCACCGUUGGCUCCACGUACCGGGCACAAAGACGCUGAAUGCGUUCGAAGAUGUCGUCAGCGAUAUUCUGUGUAUGCCAACGGAUGAGAAGGUCGCACUGGGCGGGUCGAAGGACGGGCUUGAGUGGAGGGAGAGAUGGAAUCGGACCAUCAAGACUCGAUUCCUUUCUUCGCCGACGACGCAAGCGGUGAUUCGGAAAACAUUCUACAGCACGAAAUCCAUCCCCGACGUCCUGGCGGCGUUGUAUAUUCCGAUUGCGACACUUUUCGUACCCCCUGAUGAUCAAGAAGCCCUGUCUGGUGAUCAGGAAAUAACAAAGCCUCCUGCCAUGAUUGCCACGACGUCUUCUCCGCCCUCCCUUCUAACCCUCCUUCCCCACCUCCCGACCCUGCACCUCUCGCUUCUCAUCUGCGCCACGCGUCUCGAGAUGGUCCAUAAUGUGAUGGCCCUAGACUUUGGGCUCGUUCACUCACACUACAUAGAGCUGCUUACUCGCACCAGAUUGCAGCGUUCCACACUGUCUUCACUCUCCCUGACUAAGGGUAGCGGCAGCGGCGUCACCGGCACGGGACUCAGGCCGUGGAGCAAGGACACGGCGCGCGGAGCAUGGGAGGAGCUGGCACGGUGGGAAGUCAUUGUACCGGUGUCAAGGCUCGGUGGCAGCGGCGUGGCAGGGAAAUUCGGCGAUGAAGCUCUAGGAGGCGAUGGUAUGGGCACGCGGUUAUUCAGGGUCGAUGUCACCCUUGAUGAGGUCGCGUGGGCGGUGAAAGAGAAACUGGGCGUCGUUGGAGCAGGGGAAGUGCUAGCAAAGUGGUGCAAAGAAGUAUAG